GCCAGCCCUUUAAAAGAGCGUGGCCUGCGCCAAACGCGCCACACCGCGGGGACCAGGACGCACAGUUGGUUGCCUGAGGCAUCUCCAUCUCGCCUUCCUUCGGCACCUCGCCUCCCUGGUCCAGCCGCAUCCUCUUUCCGCGAAGGUUUGGGCGAGUGGGGCCAUGCAGCCGGCGGUGCUUCUCAGCAUCCUGGGAGCCGCGGUGCUGGCCGCUGUCAGCUCUGUGCCAGUGGAUAGCAGGAACCACAGUGAAGAGAUGGUGACUCGAUGUAUCAUUGAGGUCCUCUCCAAUGCUCUAUCAAAGUCCAACAUUCCAUCCAUCACCCCUGAGUGCCGGCAAAUUCUGAAGAAGAGUGGAAAAGAGGUCCAAGAUGAAGAGAAAAGUGAAAAUGAAAACACAAAGUUUGAAGUAAGAUUGUUAAGAGACCCAGUUGGCGCCUUGGAAGCCCACAAACCCUCCAGUGGGGAGGAAGCAGGAGACCUGGGGGAAGAGGAUCCUCAAGGUCCUACAAGAGCAAACCCAGAGAAGUGGGCAGAGGGAGGCAGGCCCAGCAGAGAGGGAGCAGAGGAUCCCCAAAGGAGCCCCCACCCUUCCAACAGCCAAGUACCCAAAGAAGCAAAGGCACACCACCAUUCUGAGAAGAGCCAGGGAGAGGACGGAGAGGAGGAAGAGGGAGAGAACUAUCAGAAAGGGGAGCGUGGGGAAGAGGCCAGGGAAGGGAAACCCCUUGAAGAGCCAGAAGAGACACAGAAUACUUUCCUAAACAAAAGAAACCAGGCUGCAGCCAAGAACAAAGAGGAAUCAGUGGCCAAAUCAGAUGCACUCCCUGUUGGGCAGUCUGAGGAGAAGACACACAGCAAGGAGAAGAGCAGCCAGGAGAGUGGAGAGGAGGUGGGGAGCCAGGAGAGUGAACACCCUCAGGAGUCUGAAAGUCAACCCCAGAGCAGGGAGGAAUCUGAGGAGAGCGAGGAAGGCACCACCUCUGAGGUAACCAAACGACGCACAAGGCCCAGACACCACCACGGGAGGAGCAGGCCCGACAGGUCCUCUCAGGAAGGGAAUCCUCCCUCUGAGGAAAGAGGACACACCCUCCAAGAACCUGAGGAGGCAAAGGUUGGGGAGAAGAAGGACCACCAUUCCACCCACUACAGGACUUCAGAGGAGGAACCCGAAUAUGGGGGAGAAGUGAGGAAUUAUCCAGGCGUCCAGUCUCCCGAGGACCUGGGUGGGGGGCACUAUGGGGGCAGAGGAAGUGAGGAAUACAGAGCUUCAAAGCCUCAGAGUGCUGAGAUCCAGGAGGAGGAGGAGGAGGAGGACAAGAGAAACCCCCCCAGCUCAGAGCUUGACCCCAUGGCACACGGAUAUCGUCAGGAAAGUGAGGAAGAGAGGGGCCGCGAGAGGGCAACGGGACACCAUCCCAGAAGCCAAGGAGGGGAACCAGGGGCUUAUCUGACUCCUGACACCAGAGAAGAGAAAAGGUUCUUGGGAGAAGCCUAUCACCAUGUUCCAGAAAGCCAGAGGGAUAAGGCCAAGAGGCACCCGCAAGGUGAGUGGCAGGAGCAGGACAGAACUUACCUCAGCUAUGAUGAGGAAGGACCCCAAGGGAAGUGGCCACAGCAGGAGGACCCCAGGGACCUUAGAGAGGACAGGGAGGAAGCAAGUCUACAAGACAGACAAUACGCCUCCCAUCACACCACUGAGAAGAGGAAGAGACUAGGGGUGCUGUUCAACCCCUACUACGACCCUCUCCAGUGGAAGAGCAGCCGUUUUGAGAGAAAAGACCACGCAGACGACAGUUUUCCCGAAGGGGAAGAGGAAAAUGGACUGACUUUGAGUGGGAAGAAUUUCUUCCCAGAAUACAGCUAUGACUGGUGGGAGAAAAAGCCCUUUGCAGAUGAUGUGAAUUGGGGAUAUGAGAAGAGAAGCUAUGCUAAGGCCCCCAAACUGGACCUGAAAAGGCAGUACGACAGAGUGGCCGAGCUGGACCAGCUCCUUCACUACAGGAAGAAGUCCGCUGAGUUUCCCGACUUCUAUGACUCUGAGGAACAGAUGGGCCCGCACCAGGAGUCGGAGAAUGACAAGGAGACGGUCGACCAGAGAGUUCUGACAGAGGAAGAGGAAAAAGAACUUGAAAAUUUGGCUGCAAUGGAUUUGGAACUACAGAAAAUAGCGGAGAAGUUCAGUCAAAGGGGCUGAUGGUUAUUGGAGCAGUGGGUGGUUUUAAGGAGCAGCAGCCCUGGCAUUAUCUAUUUUUCCACCACUGUACUGAAAGACACAAUUUAUUUAUCCAAAGGCAGAAAGUAGAAUGUACUACUCAUUAAAUGUUUGACACAAUUGAAAAUGUCAUUAAUUUUUUUGCCAAAAUGCUAUUGAAAAUAUGAAUAGCAUGACUUGUAGCAUAUUCUUUCUUGCAAAGUAGAUAUAUUAACAUGCUUGUGACAAUGACUUUGUGCUACUGUCUUUGAAAAUAUGUUUGUCUCGAUUUGAAGUAAUAAAAGAUUCACCUGAGACCCAAAA